AUGAAUUAUCUAAUUUGUUUAGGAAGUUCUAAAUAAUAAUAAAAUCAUAUAAAAAACCUUAUGAUUCAUUUUGUAGAAGUUGCUUUAAUAUGGGCACUGCCAGCAAUCCUGAUUAAUAAAUUGAUCUUCUACAUGAUUUAUAAGAUUGGUGGAAAUCAUGAAUGUAUAGUGGAUGUAGCCUACUCCAUAAGUCAUUUAGUUGCAGGGAUGGUCUAUUUUAUAUUCUCAACAAUAUCAACUCCAGGAAAGAUAAUUAAUAUCCUUCUUGUUGCAUUUUGGUCAUUAAGGCUUGGUGGGUUCUUGUGUGUAACUAGAGUUUUGGCUGGUUUUAAGGAUGAGAGAUAUGAUAAUAUCUUUAGAGAAUACAAUGCAGAUAAAUUUAAGAAGGAGGUAAUGGUCCUUGUGUAAUUUAUGUUCUAAGGAUUGAUAGUAUUCGUAACUAGCAUACCAUUAUAUUUUUUGUUUCUCAAUGAUCUCACUUGGAAACCAGAAGAUUUCAAUGGUUUGAAUGUGAUGAAUUAUAUUGCUUUAUCGAUAAUUCCUUUCAGUAUUUGCUUAGAAGCAACCGCUGAUAUACAAUUGGAGAAGUUCAAGAAGUAGAAACAAUAGGGAUUGAUACCAAGAGAAGAUUUAAUGGAAACUGGACUUUGGAGAAGGAGUCGUCAUCCUAAUUUAUUUUUUGAUUUGGUUACUUGGUUCUGUUUUGCCUUAGCAGCAAUUAAUGAUGCAAUAAGUUUGUGUGCUCUGAUAGGUCCAAUUGCUCUGUUUUGUGUAAUGGAAUUUCUCACAACUCCGUUAACUGAAGCGCAUAUGAAAAAGAAAAGAGCUGACACUUAUGCUUAAUAUGUUGCUAGAACUAAUAAAUAUUUGGUUAUGUGA